AUGAAGUCCUUUGGCUUUGCUUCAGCUGCUGCUGUGGCAUUGACCGGCGCCCUCUUCGCGUCGUCUGCUGCAGCUGCUGAUCUCCCUUCUAUCGUCAUCAAGGGCUCCCAUUUCUUCUACGAGAAUGGCACUGAAUUCUUCAUUCGUGGUGUAGCAUACCAACAAGACGUCAACGCCAACACGACAUCCGGUGCUACUUUCAGCGAUCCUCUUGCAGACGAAGCUGGCUGCAAGCGUGAUAUUCCUAUUCUUCAGGAGCUUGGCACCAAUGUCAUUCGUGUCUACGCCAUCAAUUCUUCUUUGGAUCACUCCGUUUGUAUGGGCUUGCUUAACGAUGCUGGAAUCUAUGUUAUUCAAGAUUUGUCUAACCCAUCAUCCUCUAUUAAUCGAGAUGACCCAGAAUGGAACACUGAUCUCUAUGCCACCUACGCCGGUGUUAUUGAUGCCAUGGCUCAGUACUCCAACGUCCUCGGUUUCUUUGCCGGUAACGAGGUAUCCAACGACGUCAACAACACUAACGCCAGUGCUUUCGUCAAAGCUGCCGUCCGUGAUAUGAAGGCUUAUAUUAAGACUAAGAACUACCGUACCAUCGGUGUUGGUUAUGCUACCAACGAUGAUGCCAACAUUCGAAUUGACUUGGCCCACUACUUCAACUGCGGUGACGCGGACUCUGCCAUCGACUUCUGGGGUUACAACAUCUACUCGUGGUGCGGUGAUUCUUCCUUUACCAAGUCAGGAUAUGAUCAACGAACGGCCGAAUUUGCCAAUUAUUCUGUUCCUGCAUUCUUUGCCGAGUAUGGUUGCAAUGUGGUCCAACCACGUGAAUUCACUGAGGUCGGGGCAAUCUACGGUGAUCAAAUGACCGAAGUCUGGUCCGGUGGAAUCGUCUACAUGUAUUUCCAAGAGGCAAACGAUUAUGGUCUUGUAUCCGUCUCGGGAGAUACUGUCAGCAAGCUUCCAGAUUUCACUGCCCUUUCGAAGCAAUUGGCUUCCGCCACCCCUAGCUCUACCAACUCUGCCUCCUACACUGUCACCAACACAGUAGCACAAGCAUGCCCAGCAACUGGUACCGCCUGGGCUGCAUCUAGCAAUCUUCCUCCUAUCGCAAACGCUGAUCUUUGCGAAUGUAUGGUCAGUUCCUUAUCCUGUGUUGCCAACAGCGGUAUCUCUGGUAACUCCAGUGCCGACCUCUUCGACUACGUUUGUGGUUUGGACAGCGCUGCCUGUGAUGGUAUUUCAAAGAACGCUACCACCGGAGUUUAUGGUGCCUACUCGAUGUGCACAAGCUCUCAACAAUUGUCUUUCGUUUUCGACCAAUACUACAAAAGGCAGAACCAGUCACCCACUGCCUGUGACUUCAGCGGCAAUGCUAAGACUCAAUCUGGCUCGCAGAGCUCGAAGUGCUCUGCCCUUUUGAGCCAAGCCGGAACUGCAGGAACUGGUACUGUUACAAGCGCACCAACUGGUACUGGAUCUUCAAGCAGCUCAUCACAUUCAUCUACCACCACCAAGAAAAGUGCUGCUGGGGCUACUAUCGUUCCACGUUUCGACUUGGGCUUGUUGCAGUUGGGUGCCUACCUUGUGGUUGCUGGAAUGACUGGUGCUGGUAUGGUCAUGUUGUAG